GACUGGGGACACGGUUCUGUGAGAUUGGAGAUGGCGGCAGCCGAGGAACCUUCGCCGGAGCCGGCGAUUUCAGGACAGCCGGAGGAGCUGUCUGCCUCUGUGCGGGCGAGCAUCGAGCGGAAGCGGCAGCGGGCGCUGAUGCUGCGCCAGGCCAGGCUGGCGGCCCGGCCCUACCCGGCCACGGCUGUUGCUGCUACAGGAGGUGUGGCUAAUGUAAAAGUAGCCCCGAAGAUAAUUGACACAGGAGGAGGAUUCAUUCUGGAAGAGGAAGGAGAAAAAGAACAUACAGUUGGCAAAGUUGUUCAUCAGCCAGGACCUGUUAUGGAAUUUGACUAUUCAAUAUGUGAAGAAUGUAAUAGAGAAUUUAUGGAUUCUUAUCUUAUGAACAACUUUGAUUUGCCAACUUGUGAUAACUGCAGAGAUGCUGAUGAUAAACACAGACUUAUAACUAAAACAGAAGCAAAAGAGGAAUACCUUCUGAAAGACUGUGACUUAGAAAAAAGAGAACCAGCUCUUAAAUUUAUUGUGAAGAAGAAUCCUCAUCAUUCACAGUGGGGUGAUAUGAAACUCUACCUAAAAUUACAGAUUGUGAAGAGGGCUCUAGAAGUUUGGGGUAGUCAGGAAGCAUUAGAAGAAGCAAAGGAGGUUCGACAGAAAAACCGAGAAAAAAUGAAACAGAAGAAGUUUGAUAAAAAAGUAAAAGAAUUACGGCGAGCAGUAAGAAGCAGUUUAUGGAAAAGGGAAAUGGUUACUCACCAACAUGAGUAUGGACCAGAAGAAAACCUAGAAGAUGACAUGUACCGGAAGAUUUGUACUUUGUGUGGCCAUGAACUGACGUAUGAGAAAAUGUGAUUUUUAGUUAAGUGAUCUGUUCUAGAGUUUUAGAUUUAGAUAAAGAAAAUUUAGAUUGAUCUUGUUCAAAAUUCACGAAAAAAGUCUUUAUAGAUGAAUAAAACACUUGUAUGAAUAAUGCUUCAGUAAUAAGCACGUACGUUGGGGCUUAAGAGCAAGUCUCAUCUAAACCCAGCAGAUCUGAUUGUGGGCAAACUACUGGGUCGGUGAUUGUUUUUUUUUUUUUUUUUGGAACAGGGAAGGGAGCUGAGUGGUACAGUAGGUUCAGAAGUGUUAGGUGAGAGCAGAAGUUAAGAAAUAAGAAACCAAGGCAAACCUUAGGUUGGGGUAGGAGGAAAAGCUUUUAGUAGAGGCAAAAGCUGGUUGAACUGGAUUCUUAUCCCAAGAAAUAACAGGGAUGGUGGGUGACCCUUACCCCUGAGGCUGGGUUAGGACUUCUAGACUAUGUCUUCAAGUCAGGGGGCUACUGCUGGGACAAGUCCUCACUGAAACAAAUGAACAAUGAUGAACUGUGGGAGUCUGAUGUUUUCUUUAUCUAUAGGGUUUACUUAUAGGCCCUAAUAUUAGUCACUAGAUAGCCUAAAUCUAGAUUAAAAUGGAAAAACAGUAAUUAUAAUAGGUUUAUGGUAACUUUUUAACAUUGACUGGGCAUUUAUCAUGCGCCAGGUAAGCACUGUACUAAGUACCUUACAGGUGCUCUAACUUAACCCUGGGAGGGAAGACAGCUUGCUGCUGUGUUUGAAAUAACCUACAGCCCAAUGUCAGCCCAGAUACCUGGACCACGUUAGCCGGUCAAAAUUCCCCUAUGUCUUAAGGAUUUGAUCCAGUAUGUUCGAUUAUGGGGCUCAUGCAUUCUAUUUUUUUGACACAAAUUCAAGUUAAGAUAAAACUGGGUAUUUUCAAGCUGUUUUUGAUACAGCUUUUUUAUCCUAGUGGUAUAAAUAGAAGAAACAGGAAGUUGAUACUUUUUCACUUUUUCUUCUAGAUCAGCUCUUGGAGGUUAUGCUUAAAGGCAAAAGUCAAAACAAGUCAAACCAAAGAGGCUUGAGACUAUGAUUACUAGUUAUUUUCUCUAUAAGUAGUCAGUAUAGAAAUGUUUAACAUUUUUGUGUUGAUUUUUCAUAUGCUAUGCUAGAUAUUAUAGCCCAGUAAAAACUGAUUCUGAAUGGGCAGCAAGAUCUUCUUGGGGCACGCACGCACACAGCUUCCAGCUUGAUGACGACAGAGUAACGUAGGGUUCAGGCUGCUGACAGCAGCACUGCCGCCCUGGCAGAGAGGGAGCCGUUGAGCACGUCGAUUUAGGUUCAGAUUCCACUUACUAGUUGUGAACCUUGGGUAAGUUGUUCCGUGGGCCUGUUUUUAUCUGUCAGAUGGGUGUAAUAAUUCAUCUCUCUAAAAACUGUUACGAGAAUUGAAUAUUGUGAAUCUGUAGAACUUGGCACAUAACAGCCACUCGUUAAUGAGCACAUAUUGU